UCUUAAUCUAUUUUAACGAUACGCAUUGUUAUUUCUUUGACUGAAAAGAAAUGCUAGGCGGUGCUGGUCGCUGUUUGCCCAGGGUGCUGAUGCUCUGCGUAUGGGCCGAUAGCAUUUUUAGCAGAGGCUGGGUUAAUUUUCGCAACGCAUGCAUUCCUCCGCUGUUGGGGAAGUAAUGCCUUCCUGUUUGUAGCAGGUUUCGGCAUGGAUCUUGUCGACAAGACGCGGAGCAGCUGGGGUACCGUGCUGCAAAGGAGGAUGCAACGGACGUCUUUUCUUACUGCACUCGGCGGUAGUACGUUCUCUCAUGUUGGCGAGCAAAAGACGCACAUCAUCGCUGCACACCGGGGGGACAUCUCCGGAGCGAUAGACGGUCUGCGCAGUACUUCUAGCAGCCCGACUUCUUGUUCUGGCGGCGACUGCAAAGCAGCCGAAGGUAGUAGCACGGCACCGACGUUUUUGGCGGUGACUCCCGGCUCACCGAGUAGGCGUGGUGAUACGUCUCCAGGUGUAGAAGUGGGUCUGUCAGCGGCGCAUCCACCCAGGAGAAAAGGCGCUUGUCUCGGGCCGCCACGUUUGCCUGUAGAUAACAAAAACCUGAAACAGUUCUUCAAGUCGCUUCCGGGCGCUAUCUUGAGUGCUGUUCCAGAGGAGGAAGCGACCACGCCCACUCUACAACCGGAUCUGCAAGGAGGCAAAAGCGCAGUUCGGAGCCCCGAAUCUUCCGAGAGUGACGAUACUAACAGAUGGGAACAAAAGAGGAAUCCUCUGCUUGAGCUGCGCUCCAAAAGUGAGGUGCCAACCGGUUGCAAAGUAGAUCAACAUCUCGGAAGCCAUCAAACGAACCCGCCACACAAAAGUUUUCUUUUGCGCAUCGGCGAAAGCGGUACAGCUGCAGGCGGCCGAGGUGCAAUAACGACGUUGGGCGAUCUUGGAUACUCUGACUUGCAGUCGGAAGCGAUUAAGUGGCCAUUCCGAGGACACCGAAGCAAAUCCGGCGCAAAUGGACGAAGUGGACAGAGCGGAGAAGACAGCAAUAGAACCAUGACCGCAGAUUAUACUGCAACACCGUCUUCUACCAAUCCGAAAAGCACCAGUGUCGCUAAAUCCCUCGGCGAAGGGGCAGAGUCAGGAUCCGACUUCAAGGAAGGUGGACCUUGUUCCAGUGACGAUGUGUCCCAGUUGGACGACCACAAGGGGUUCAAGAAGCAGAGUUCGGGGUGGUUCCGGAUCGGAUUGCGUCAAGCGCAGGAGCCCGGUAGAAGUACGGGUGGAACUUCAUUCCGUCGCCCCCCAGUGGGCGGAACGAGCAGCAGAUUUGGAGUUGUGUCCCGGAUUUGCCGCGGAGCGCCGGCGUUCGCACGCAUUUAUGUGCACUUGCCGCCGGUCCUGGGGGGAGGACGAGGAGGCGCUUUGGCGACGAACCGGGCGGCCUCAGCUUCGUCUACUUCUUCUGGUGUUAAAGCGCGAGUAGUGUCGUCAGAAGAGGACAAGAACUACUCGUGUCGGCUGUUGGCGGACAAAGAUUGCUCUUGCUGUGCGCAAAACCACGAGCCGGCAACAGCUUGCGUUGGAUAUAAUUAUAAUCCAGCUAGUUGUCGUGCUCCAAUAAAUCACUUUGACGUCGGGAACUGCCGUAGUACCUCCGAGGUCGGAGAGGAGGAAGAGUACAGACUUGCAAGACCCCACGAGGAUAGUUUGAAUGGCGGGUCCAACGGUAGUAUCGUGGGGCGACCGUCGGAUCAUGACAAGAUGGUGGUUCAUCUGGUGGCAGAGGUGUGUCACCGCAUGCUCACUGACCUAGCGGACGAAAAAAUGCUGUCCUCGUCGUGCUGCGCGGAGAUCUCGGUGUCAGACGCCGCCGCCACACUGUUGCGGGACCUCCUGGUGGGUGCCAGUGAGGACGCAGUUAUGUUUUUGCGACGUGCGGACAACUACCGUGUGUGGCGUGCACGUGAGGUCGGAUCUGACAAGGACGUCUCGCCUGCGACGGAGCGUCUGCUGCUAGACAUGCUGCGGAAGCGGUUACAGAACGAGGAGAAGAAGCUGCGGCAGAAGGGGGCAAAAACGCAGAAUCCGGCGCCGGCCCCCCAAGAACUACGAGCGAACCAACAUGUUUAUCAAGCGUGGGCGACCGAGGCGCAGGUCGAGGAGCUGCUGCAGGCCGCGCAGGACCGGAAGCGCCAGCGCCAACUCGAGUCGACGUACAAGGAGGUACAACGGAUCACCCGUGUCUUGGAGCGGACGCUCGCUUGCCAGUACGCCGCUGAGACCACAGAACCGCUCAGACCACAGGACCUGCAGAGGCAUAGCGCAGAGAUGAAGCAAGGCCAUGGCCUCGUACAAAUGCUGAAAGUGCAAGUUGUACACCCUGGUGUCCGGGAAGUACAAAAAGUACAUGCGGACAGCACAUCAGCAAUAUCUUCAAUCCGAAGCAUGUCGCACCAGCACCAGGACGAGUCGAAGGCGGCACCUCUGCGCCGUAUUGACGCUCCAGUGCCAGUUUGCCUCCAGGAUUUGACAAGUGACGAGAUAACUGACCAAGCACUCGAGGCCGGUGUUUUUGUCGCAUUGGACGGCCGCGUGGUAGACAUCAAAACCGCCGAGGGCGACGAGUGUAGUGUUCCGGUGGCUGUCGGCGGUGUUGGGAACGGUGAGUCAGUACAUCAAGAACUACUACACGAAGGAGCUAAGAGCUGUGACGCAGCGAAAGAGGAGAGAGCUGAAAUCUUCGAGCUCGACAAGAACAAAAACGACGGGGCCGCCGAGCUCUACCAGCAUCCGACCGAGGAGGAACUGCGGGACGAUUGGCUCCCAAACAAGGAUGAAUAUGCUGACGAGGAAGUGCGAAUGAACGCAAACGAGGACUUCUGCCUGGAACAGAUUCUGAGCGCGGGAAGCAACGACCUGGGCGGGGACGACUUGUCGAAAGACUCUGUGUCGCAAAAACUUUUUCAAGAACUACAAACGGAUAAACUAGACGACGUCUCGACGGCCGACCUGCUUUCGAAUCCCGCAAGCGAAACCGCGAUGGAGGAGCCGCUCCCGGAGGAAACCACGCCCUGCCCCGCGUACGACCCGCAGGCGCCGCCCCACCCCUUGUGCCAAGCGAAACCGGACGAAGACUUGCUCGAGUGCCUGCAGGGAGAAUGGGAGUGCUGCUCCGAAGCGGUGCCGCGGGACCUUGAGCAUUUCGCGGAGCGUGCGGCGGCGGGGGCGGGGGUGGGCGUCGGCAUGAAUGCGAACAAGAACAAAUCCGCAAACAGCAAGACUACCCCCUGCGACAAAGCGGAAGCAAGUUCAAGUAGUGCUUGUUCCAGGUCUGGCAGGAAUAAAAAGAUGGUUCCCGCUUGCGAAGUCACGUACUUGAAGGCGUUCACUGUGGUUGGUAAAAAAGUGACCGAGCGCCGGCUACGGGAGGUGGUGUCUUCACGCGAGACGGUGCACACGCGCGAACUGCGACUGGAGCCGGCCCGGCAUUGGCUGGGGUUUGCAAUGGAAGGUCGGCCACUGGUAAUUUACAAGUUUCCGAAUAUUUUCGGCGGUGCGGUCUUCGUACGGCGAAUCGGACGGACGACGUCGAUUUGCUACCGGCGCAAGCAGGAUGCAGCGUUAUUUUCGGCGGCAGGCCGGGGUCCAGCUCCGGCCUCGUGCAAGAACGACGCGGCAGCCAGUUUAAAAGAGCCGUGCCUCCGCCCGGAUGCAACGCGGGAUAAUACUACGGCAGCUUGCACAGAAGUUAAUACAGCUAGCCCAGAUUGUUCGUUACAGCGACAGGUAAACAAAAAUGAAGUCGAAAAGCCGGUAGCAACUACAUCACCGGUCGAAGAUAAGGUGAAGGAUGCAGCCUUCCCAGAAGGUGUUCUUCCACUGGCAAAGGGAGAGCACUGCACAUACCAGGGGGCGCCGCAGUUGCCGUCGCCCUUUCCCGUGGGCUUGUCCUGAGGGUAAGGAGCCCUAAUACCGUGAGAGCUACGAUUCUGUUUUGUCGUGAAGUAGAUUAGAUACGCCUCCUAGUUUACCGUUUUAAUUUUAAAAUUUUUUUCCGAAGGUAAGACAAAGACUCUUCUGGAUAUCAUAUUGUCGAGAUACGUUCUGGCAUAGGAGGAUUUGCGUGCCUUGCUGUUGAGUCCUCAUCAACUCGAUCAUCUUAUCGGAAAAAGGUUUGUAUGAAAGGGUACCGAAAAUUAUUUUGUAACGUUGCUCCUGCUCCUUUUUCCCGCUUGUAUAGUAUUGUAUCGAAUGCGUUAGCGUUGUAGUUUUAUACUUCAUUAUAGCGAGGUCCUCGUUGAAGAUGGGUCCUCGUUGCUGAAGUUGAAAUUGAUUCUGACUGCAUGAUAUUUUCAUGGUGCUCGUCUGGCUACAACAUUUGAGUCCUUUUUUGCUUUCAAAUUCAGUAUCGAGUUGUCUGCAAAAAGUAAAUCGCCCAUUCUCGAAGAUUCCAAAAAGAAUUUCAUGCGUGAGAUACACUUUUGUAGGCCCUCACAUAAUCAUAAACUUGUUUGGAUAUCCCUUCCGAGUGGAAUUUUUCGAUUUUUUUAGACCGAGUUCUCUUUUUUCUCUUUGCUUUACUUGCCGAGAUAAAAAAUGCUACCUGGGGAAACUACCUCUCUCGUGUAUCUGAAUUAUCUGCACGAUGCAAGACAGUAGACUAAUGGUAGAACUCGACUACGUUGCCCAUGGCAUGGGCAACAAGCAUACGAGUAAAGCAUGAUGCUUUACUCGUAUGCUUGUGUCUGCAUGAAAUGGAAAAAAUAGGAUUUCUAACUUUGUCUCUACGGAUAUGAAACUUUCAGAAAUGCAGAUUGCUAGGUCACGUUGGUGAUCAUAUCUGUCAUUUUCUGAUAAUGUCGUACUGGAUUGCGGCAGAACUGCAUCUGGAAGUAGAUCAUCAAGGAUACCAUGCUCUAUACCACCAC